AUGGGAUUGAACCACUGCAGCAAUAAAUCUUACUUCCUUUUUUGUCCCCAUUUCUCAGAUGCCCUGCAGGCACAAGGAGAAGGAUGGCAGGCAAUGAAACUCAGGCAAAGGACGACAAAGCGUGCUAAGGAAAGCUGGUUUUGCGCUGCACUGGCCUGUGAUAUUUUCCAGCUCAAGCACGCCACACGACCACAAUGAGGACACUCAAUAGAAAAUGGAUGGAUGAAAACAUGACGAGGCUCGACAUUCUUUCCACCGACCUCUCGAUCGCUGACGCGCGUGGCUUGAGCUUCGCGGCAGGAAUACGUCGCCUGAGAGGGAAGGUACAAAUGAGGGGGGAAAGAACAAGCCUUGCACUCCACUUCCCUGCUUCCAUCCCACUAAAAGGACAGAGCAGAGAGUGAGGAGGACUCCGUGUGUAUUUCCACGCGGUCUACACCGCACGUGCUCCCCUUUUUGUUAUUCGUGGUGGGAAUGAUCUGCUUUCCGUCUGCGUCGUUUCCAUGCCAGCAUGGGAACCGCCGUGUCCAAAAGGAGGAAUUUGAGAAACGACGCGAUAUCGUCCGUGGCAGCAAAAGUUAGAGCAGCGCGAGCAUUUGGAGAGUACCUGUCCCACACACACCCCGACAGCCGGAACGGAUCAGCUCUUCUCCUGUGUGAAACCUCGGUGGGGCCCGACCCAGAGUCGCCAACCGGGACCACCGGCCCCGACGGCAACCACCUUCAUCUGUGCUCAGACCACACCAAAGACUCCAAAGAUAGCCCAGAGGACGUUGUGGUGAAGACUUGUUUGGCUUUACACCACCAACCACCUCCUCCGUCCAUCACCGUUUCCAGUAAGCCGGUCCGGUUGUCCCUGGAACGGAGCUUCUCAGUGGAGGAGGACCAGCAGAAGGGCGUCGAGUGCACUCUGCAGCCUGCUCGUGUUUAUACAAUCACCACCCAGCACGGUAUGCUGAUGAGUGGCGGCCGGGGCAGCAAGGAGAGCCUAGAACUGGAUGUCUUCAAGGAGAAGUCUGGGAGUGGAGGAGUGGGACCCAAGGGCGGCAGUGUCGGUGCUCACACUACCUUGAUCCAGCCCUCCACUUCCCCUUCGUCCUCCACGUCGUCCCCGACCCAGUACCACCAGACCGGGAGCGGCCGCGGCACCGGCACUCACCAUCACCACGGCAACCACCACCACCACCACGCGGGACCCUCGAGCAGCGGAGGAGCCUGCGGGCCCAGCGGACAAUCCGCGAACGUCUCGGGCUCGCACUCCCACCACGCGGCGCACCACCACUCCCACCACCACCAUCACCUGGCUCAGCCCCCCUUGCAGACCUCCGUCAGCGCCCACAACAUCCGCGGCUGGGGAGACGGCGGAAAAGGGGACGCAGAGUGCGGCGGGCUGGCCUGCGAGUCCUGCGGUGCCGUCCCCUCUCGGAGCCAGGGGUCCCUGGACCUAGAAAGCGCUUCCCGAGAGCCAGGCAAGCAGCGCCGAGGCCUAGAGAGGAUGUGGAGUGUGGACCGAAUGACUGGGCUGGUGAGAGAUGAUGCCAACUGGUUCCCCAAGGAAAAUAUGUUCACCUUUCAAACGGCUACCACCACCAUGCAAGCGGCUUUCCGGGGAUUUGGCCCGAGAAAAAGGAGAGAGAGAGAGCAGGAUUCGGCAGAAGUCAACCAGAGGAACUUCCGGAAACAUCUUCGCAUGGUGGGCAGCAGAAGGAUGAAAGCACAGACGUUCGCUGAACGUAGAUCGAAGAGUUUCAGCCGCUCCUGGAGUGACCCCACCCCUGUCAAGACUGACUCUCCUCAUGAGCCCAGAGACAGCGGCGAUCUGCAGACUUCCUGCGGCACCCUCGACGAAGGCGGCGUUGACGAAGCCGCCGACUGGGAGGAGGAGCGGGAGAUGGAGAGGCUCGCCUGCGAGGGAGACGACUUCAUACCUCCCAAAAUUAUGCUGAUCUCCUCCAAAGUCCCGAAAGCGGAGUACGUCCCCACAAUCAUCCGCAGAGAUGACCCGUCCAUCAUCCCCAUCCUCUACGAUCAUGAACAUACAACUUUUGACGACAUUUUGGAGGAAAUCGAGAAGAAGCUCACUGCUUACAGGAGGGGCAGCAAGUUCUGGAGGAUGCUCAUCUUCUGCCAGGGAGGCCCGGGUCAUUUGUACCUCCUGAAGAAUAAAGUGGCAACAUUUGCAAAGGUGGAAAAGGAGGAAGACAUGAGCCAAUUCUGGAGACGACUCAGCAGAAUGAUGAGUAAAGUCAACCCGGAGCCCAACCUCAUCCACAUCAUGGGAUGCUACGUCCUGGGAAACCCCAAUGGAGAGAAGCUGUUCCAGAAGCUGAAGAAUCUGAUGAGGCCUUAUUCCGUGGAGUUCGAGUCACCGCUGGAGCUUUCGGCGCAGGGUAAAGAGAUGAUCGAGAUGUACUUUGACUUCCGCCUCUACCGCCUUUGGAAGACGCGUCAGCACUCCAAACUUUUGGACUACGAGGACCUUUUGUGACGAAGAAAUGCCGCCGCCGAGGAGAGGAGGAAGAUGUCCUCUUGCGCCGCAACGAAAGCGUCGCGCGACGAUGGACGUUUUGCUCACCUGCCGUCAACUCCAUACAAACAUCCCCAUGGUGGAAAAAGGGACAAGGACCCUGAAUGACUUCAGGUUAUUAAAAAAAAAAAAAAAAAAAAAAAAAA